AUGGGAACCAAGUGGUUUGCUGCGGCUUGCUUAAACCUCGUGGCUCUGAGGAGCGGGGGGAGUUCGGGCUACUCAGGAGAAGCCCACGAUCCCUCCGCCUUAGUGACAGGCCGGGGUGACCUUCGUGACAGACCUCUGCCCAGAGACCGCUCCCUGGCUGUCCAAAUAAAGCCUCGUAGUACAAAACAUCCAAACUCAGCCCGGGACAUAGAAAGCUUAGACAAGAGCCUAGAGGAUUUGCUGACCAGAGUGGAUGAAUUUGUGGGAAUGCUGGACAUGAUUCGAAGUGAUUCCUCUCAAGUUGUUAAUGAAAGUAUACCUCAAAUUUACACAAAAGCUACAGAAAUGAGACAGAUAUACAGGAAGAUUGACAAACUAGAGGCUUUUGUGAAGAUGAUUGGAAAUAGCGUAGCUGGACUGGAGGAACGGGUUGUAAAGGCAGAAACAGACCUCGGAGCUUUUCCAAGCACAUUCAAGAAAAUCUUGCACACAAUCAGCAUACCAUCCUUCCUUAAUAAAUCGUCUUCCUCACGACAACAACAGACCCUCUAUGAACCUCCAGUCCUCUUCAAGACUGAAGACUAUUUUCCAUGUCUUAAUGAAGCACCUUAUUGA